UCACAAUACAGAAUCUAGUACACAAAUACAAUAGAUUUACAUUUACAGAAAAACGCAAAGAGAAAUAAUUGACACGAAGGACUGAACGUAUUUUCAUAGCUCAAUGUAAACGUCAGAAAAUGAUUCAAUUUCGGCAGCUUAAUGUUUUAAACUAUGUCAGGAAAGCAGCACAGCAUUUGUUAGGAGAUCAGACUGAACGUACCGACCCUCCUUGGGCAAACGAAGAAAACUUGUACAAAAAAGAGAUCUUCAAAAACGCAUCCAUAUUUCGUGAUUCAUUUGCCGCUCAAGAGGAACGUGAGGAAGCUGUGAAAAGAAUUGGCCAUAACGGGUAUACAGGUGGAUUAGAAGCCUCGAACUGCGCAAGCGAAUUGAUACCCGACAUGCUUGAGAUCCUGCGUAGCGACGACGCUCAGCCCUCUAUGAAAUCUGCAAUAUGCCAAGCUCUGAGUGAAAUUUUGUAUCGCAAUAGGAAGAUCCAAGAUAAAAUGAAACGGGCUGAGUUAGGGGGAGCUAGUGUUCUCCUAGAGCUGGUGUUAAAGAACGACGACGAGAGGUGUGCACGUUGGGCAGCUUAUGCGCUGACCGUGCUAAUAGAUGAUAACGUACCAAUUAUGAGAGAGCUUUUAGUAACUCCAUCAUUAAAACCAAGAUUGACUUUGGUUUUGAACGCCUUGGAUUGGCCUAUGUGGCCAGAAAACUACGUCAAAAAGUUAUACGCCCUUUUAGGACUCAACAAAAAGAGACAAAUACAAGCAGGUCUUAUGUCACAGCUGAGAGCCAUAAAGAAAAUGAAUGAAGAAAAAGAAACUGAAAAUCAGCCAUCUGAAUCGGAAAAAACACCAAAGGUGUCACCCUUUAAACUUAGUCCUCGCUUAAAAAAUGUAUCGGGUGGAGCCAGCGAAAAGUCGUCGGCGACAGGGUCCGAAAGUUCGUCAACUGAUGGACUUGCGAAUGUCGAGGUUUAACUGUUUAUUACAGAAAACAAAAUAUGUGGACUAUAUAGAAUUAGCUAGUAUACCAGGGAGUCCAAAACUUUAUUUUAUUAUGAUAAAAUGGAAAUCGUAAAUGUAUAAUUUUAAAUUCCAGAUUUGCUUUGACACUAACUCGUAAUAAUUCAUUAAACGCCUUCAUUUUGCCAUCUGAAAUUUCAACAACGUUUGAGAUCGCUGCUUUUGAAAGAGAAAGAGCAGAUAUUAAUUCGUGCCAGAACACAUUAAACCAUAUGAUUCAUAAUUACCCUGCAUUACCCAUUUUAUAAACUUAAAAUCAGAUAAUAAAGGUAGUUUUGUGAAAAACGGCAAUUUACCCAAAUGACAUGACGCCUGUCUGCUUGGGGAAUGAUAUAGGAAAUAGCUUUAAGACAACAAAAGGUACAGUGCAAACACAGCGAACAAUAAACGACUUUAUAAUUCAAUCCUGUAAAACCUGGUUAUAAAGGAUGAAACAUUUAGAAACACUUCAAGAGAAAAAACACCAUCG